AUGUGGCCUCGCCGGCGCGCGCGGCCCGCGGCCGUCCCUCACACCGCGUCGAGCCGGCGCGGGACAUUGAGCAGUGCGGUCGGCGGGCUAGCCAGUAGCCGCUCGCUCGUGUGUGAGGAGCCGGCGCGGCGGCGCGCAGGCGCGGGCGCGCGUUCGCAGGCGGCGGCGGUGGCGGCGGCAGUCCGCGGCGCCGCCGACAGCACGCGGCCGCGACGCGGCUCCAGCGCCGCACAACUUUCCCGCGACAACUUCAGCCUCGCCGCGAGUGCAACCACAACGGCGGCGGCGGCGGCGGCGGCGGCGGCGGCGGCGGAGGCGGAGGCGGCGGCGGCGGAGGAGGCGGAGGCGGCGGAGGCUCGCGUCGCGGGUAAAAGGUUCCAAAUUAAUGGAACUGAACACCACAAUAUCCCUCAGGAAUCAUUUUUCUUUGAAAGAAACGGUUGUAUAUAG